UUUUUUUUUAUAUUUCUUCUUGCUAACAUAUUUGUUGAAUCAAUUUAUACAUUAUCAAUGUAAUAUUCAAUAUUUGGAAAUAACUUUUAAUCGUAUUCGUAUUGAUCAUAAAACAAAGUCGGGUUUUUCCAAAUAAAAACUGAUUAUGUUUGCCUCUAAGCAAUCUCAGAAGGCCUUAACUUCAGAGGCGCGAAUUGAUACGCCAGAAGAUGACAACAUGGUUUGGAAGCGGUGGUGUCGUUUAUGUGCAAAAGAGGAUGAAGAAAGUAAUUUGUGUGUCUUCCCUGAAAUCAAAGAACCCGGAAAUAUAAUGGAUAACACUUUGGCCACAGCAAUUGGGAAAUUUUUCUGGGUGAAUAUUAAAACAAAUGAUGAAAUAUCAAAAUUUAUUUGCCUGGAAUGCCAUACGCUGGUGUGCUCAUUGACCCAAUUUACCGAAAGGGUGAAUAAAGUCCAAGCUAUGUUCUGCGCAUUGCAAAACAUAAAUUCUGGUAAUUGUUUGGAUCUGAAUGAAGUAAGAUUGCAAUAUGGAUUACUUGACAUGGAUUGGGAGCAUAUAAUAAAGCAGGAGCGCGUUAUUGAGGGGCAACAAAUAAAAGAUGACAAAGAUGAUAAACAGUCGAUUGAUGAAUGCGAGUGGGAAUUGGAUGGAGACGAUAAUAAAGAAGAAACAGAAGUACUGGAACUGCAAACCGAAGACGAACCAAAAGCUGAAGGAAAACUAUCGGUUGAACUUAUGAAGCGAGGUACAAAACGAAAGAGGAACGCAGCAGAUGAUGACGAUGACAAUUGUGUCACUGAAAUGCUUGGUGCAUUGAUUGGAGAAUUCGAAGAAGACACUGAGGAACACUUUAUAAUUGAGAAAGCUACAACCGAAGAGGAGAUAGAUGAUGUUGAACUACUUCGUCAAUUGCGUGGGGAAGAAGUGGAUGAAGAUGACAAAGCCGAGAAUGAAAAAGCGGAAGAAAAUUAUGAAUCAGUUAAUUUACGAGAGGAUGUGCUAAGUGACAGCGAAUCAUUGACGGGAAAUGAUAAAUGUGGAAGCUGUGAAAAAUCACCACAAGUCAACAAAAUUGAUUCAAGUAGCCGCGUAAGAAAGAGACGUCGUGGUCGACCAUCAAAUUAUAUUGUAAACGAUAACGGGGACCUAGAAAAAGCAGAUAUAUACUCUGGAGAAGAUACAAAUGAAAACUCGCAAUUAUCCUUCAAGUAUGAGUGCAGCAUAUGCCAGAAGAAGUAUAAAAAUCCCACAUCCUAUCGCAAACAUACACUGGAAAAACAUAAUAAAGUGCCGGACAUACCGGAUUUUAAGUGCGAAACCUGCAACAAAAUAUAUCCAACAGAACGGCAAUUAGAAAUCCAUGCGCGAUCGCAUAUGGCGCUUGAAGAUAAGCUUGACAUACCGUGUCCAUAUUGCGAGCGCAAAUUCACAAAAGUGUCGGUGAUGCGCCAACAUGUACGGGGCAUACAUGAAAACAAGAAGCCAUAUGUUUGUGAUGAAUGUGGACGACCGAUAAAAACGUUAGCAGCGUUGGUCGAGCACAAAUUAGUGCAUACCAACGACACGCCGUAUGAGUGCGAGGUGUGCCAGCGGGCUUUCAAGAAUAAAGCGCGAUUGAAGGCGCACUUGGAGACACAUACCGACUCCUCAUUCAUUUGCAGUGAGUGUGGUCUCUUGUUAAAUACGCGACGAACUUUGAAGAUGCAUAUGCUUGUGCACUCCGAUGCCAAACGUUACAAGUGUGACUUCUGUCCGGCCGCAUUUAAGCGCACAAAGGCUUUGAAAAAUCACUUAAUUCUGCACACCGGCAUGAGACCAUACAAGUGUAAUUUUUGCGAGAAAACAUUUUCGAAUGGUUCCAAUUGUCGCUCACAUAAGAAAAAGAUGCAUGCUCAAGAGUUAGCCGAGGAGGAGGCAAUGGGCAAGAAGGCACAAGCUGUUACUGUACCCAAACUGGAGGAGUUGCGUUCGAGCACAAAUGUCGUUGGAAAUCCGCGAAAGGUUCAGCGUCAUCAUGGCGGUUUACCGCUACAUAUGCGACAACUCUUAAUUGCAGCAGAAGAGCGCGCAAAACGUGUCGAAACUACAAAACAGACGACUGAUGUACAACCAAAUGAGACUGUUGUAAUGUACGGAGAAGAAACGCAAACCAAUUCAAUAGAGGAAUCCACAAUACAGCUUGAAGCUGAUGACGGAUCAGAGAUUAUUGAAUUACAUGAGGACAUGCUAGCUGAUGACGACGAAGAAGACGACGACGAGGAGGGUGAAACGGUUGUAUAUGAAAUAAUUGCUGAAAUUUAAAAUGUUUGCAUAAAUUACUUCUAAAAAUGCAUUUUUUAAUAAAGAAAUGUUUUCAAUAUUACUAUUAUAUGCAUUAGGCAUAUUAUUAGUUAUAACUAAAGUAAUUAAUUAGUAUUCCGUACUAAUGAUAAUAAUUUUAUUUUCGUUUGUAAGAAAUUUUAUUAAUUUUUAGUUAAGUUCUUUAAGCAAUUUUGUAAAUUUAGUCCGACGAAUAAACUAUUAAUAUCUAGUUCAAUAAUAUAACCUAUCGUUUCAGUUUUUGCUUCGGC